UAUGCACCUCCUAAAGGAAGACUGUUCUUGGUUUCCGAUGAUGGGAAUGCUGCAGGAUGUGUUGGACUGGCAGAAUUGGAACCUGGUAUUUGUGAAUUAAAGCAUCCAUAUGUACGAUCGAAAUUUCGAGGGAAAAAAUUAGGAAGAAAAUUAGUUGAAACAGCUAUUCAGGAAGCACGAAGUAUUGGUUACACACAGAUGAGACUGAGUACUCGAGAAAUGUUGAAAGCAGCCACAUCCCUUUACAGAUCGUUAGGUUUUAAGCAAACCCGCCGCUAUAUUUACAAGUACGAUCCUGCUAUUGAAUUUGUUGACUUAGAACUGGACUUAACGCGAUGA